UCGUUUUGGUUGCAAAUGGCUUCGUUUCCCGAUCCGGAUUUCCAGCUCUGCCCGCGGUGCAAGAUGUGCGGCUCGCCCGCUCCCAUCUCCAACUCGUCCACGUCGCCGCCGUUCGCGCAGACCUCCAACUCGGCCGGGGGCGGGGGCGGAGGCGGGGGCGGGGGCGGCCCGGCCUCUGCGUCGUCCUCCUCCUCCUCCUCCUCCUGCUCCUCCUCGUCCUCUCGGAGGCUGCACGUCCUGCCCUGUCUCCACGCCUUCUGCCGCCAGUGUCUGGAGGCGCAGAGACACCCGGCGGCAGCGGGCGGGCCGCCCGGGGAGCCCCUCCACUUGCGCUGCCCCAUCUGCGACCAGAAAGCGGUGCUCUUCGCCUCGCCGGGCAUGGACGCGCUGCCCUCCUCCAACUUCCUCCUGAGCAACCUGCUGGACGUGGUGGUGGCGGCCGAGGAGCCGCCGCCGCCGCCCAAGAACAACGGCCGCGGGGUGGUGGUGGUGGGCGGCGGCGGAGGCGGCGGCGGCGGCGGCGGCGGCGGCAGCAACAACCGCCAUCAUCACCAUCACCACCACCACCACCACCCCCCCGCCGCCGGCCCAGCAGCAGCACCGGGAGCACCCGCACCGCGACCACCAGCACCCGCACGCGCACGCGCCCCGUCCGCCCCGUCCUCGUCGUCCUCGUCGUCGUCGUCCUCGCUGAUGCUCCGGCGGCCGCACAGCCAGAGCGAGGCGCGCUGCAGCUCGUGCGACGAGGGCAACACGGCCAGCUCGCGCUGCCUCGACUGCCAGGAGCACCUGUGCGACAAUUGCGUCCGCGCGCACCAGCGGGUGCGCCUCACCAAGGACCACUACAUCGAGCGCUUCGGCAGCCCCGCGGCCGCCGCCGCCGCCGCGGCCAACAGUACGGCGGCGGCCGCGGCGGCGGCGGCGGCGGCGCAGCUAGCGCUCAGCCAGACCUUCCCCGGCUCGCCCUUCUCCAUCCUCUCGGUGUUCCCGGAGCGGGUCAGUUACUGCCAGCAGCACGACGAUGAGGUGCUUCAUUUCUACUGUGAUACCUGUUCCGUUCCCAUCUGCCGAGAGUGCACGAUGGGGAGGCACGUCGGCCAUAGCUUUAUCUACCUCCAGGACGCCCUGCAAGACUCUCGAACCCUUACCAUUCAGCUGCUGGCGGAUGCUCAGCAAGGGCGUCAGGCCAUCCAGCUGAGCAUUGAACAGGCGCAGGCUGUGGCGGAGCAAGUUGAAAUGAAAGCGAAGGUGGUCCAGUCUGAAGUCAAGGCGGUCACGUCGAGGCACAAGAAGGCCCUGGAGGAGAGGGAGUGUGAACUGCUGUGGAAGGUGGAGAAGAUCCGACAGGUCAAGGCGAAGUCUCUGUACCUGCAGGUGGAAAAGCUUCGUCAGAACCUCAGCAAACUGGACAGCACCAUCAGCGCUGUGCAGCAGGUCCUGGAGGAGGGCCGCGCCAUCGACAUCCUGUUGGCCCGAGACCGCAUGUUGGCGCAGGUCCAGGAGCUGAAGAAUGUCCGGAGCCUCCUAAAGCCCCAGGAAGACGACAGAGUGAUGUUCACCCCCCCAGACCAGGCCCUGUACCUGGCCAUCAAGUCCUUGGGCUUUGUCAGUAGUGGGGCUUUUGCCCCCUUGACCAAGGCCACUGGGGAAGGCCUCAAACGUGCCCUCCAAGGCAAGGUGGCCUCCUUUACUGUGAUCGGCUAUGAUCACGAUGGGGAACCUCGCCUGUCAGGGGGCGACCUGAUGUCUGCAGUGGUCAUGGGGCCCGAUGGCAAUCUGUUUGGUGCCGACGUCAGCGAUCAGCAGAACGGUACUUACUUGGUCAGCUACCGGCCACAGCUGGAGGGCGAGCAUCUAGUCUCCGUCAUGAUGUGCAACCAACACAUUGAGAACAGCCCCUUCAAGGUGCUGGUCAAGUCUGGUCGCAGUUACGUGGGUGUCGGGCUGCCCGCCCUGGCCUUUGGCAGUGAAGGGGACAACGACGGGAAGCUGUGCCGCCCCUGGGGAGUCAGCGUGGACAAGGAAGGCUACAUCAUCGUGGCCGACCGCAGCAACAACCGGAUCCAGGUGUUUAAACCCUGUGGCACCUUCCAUCACAAGUUUGGCACGCUGGGAUCUCGGCCCGGACAGUUCGACCGCCCCGCUGGAGUGGCCUGCGAUUCCUCCCGCAGGAUUGUGGUGGCAGACAAAGACAAUCAUCGCAUCCAGAUAUUCACAUUUGAAGGGCAAUUCCUCCUCAAGUUUGGAGAGAAGGGCACGAAGAACGGACAGUUCAACUACCCUUGGGAUGUGGCAGUCAAUUCAGAAGGCAAGAUCCUCGUCUCAGAUACGCGGAACCACCGGGUUCAGCUCUUCGGGCCUGACGGGGCCUUCCUGAACAAGUAUGGCUUUGAGGGGGCCCUAUGGAAGCACUUUGAUUCUCCCCGGGGGGUGACCUUCAACCACGAAGGCCAUCUGGUGGUGACGGACUUCAACAACCACCGCCUGCUGGUCAUUCACCCGGACUGCCAGUCUGCCCGCUUCCUGGGCUCAGAGGGUACUGGCAAUGGGCAGUUCCUGCGUCCUCAGGGGGUGGCAGUGGACCAAGAAGGACGCAUCAUUGUCGCUGAUUCGAGGAAUCACCGGGUGCAGAUCUUUGAAUCCAAUGGCAGUUUCAUAUGCAAAUUUGGUGCUCAGGGAAGCGGCUUUGGCCAAAUGGACAGGCCCUCGGGCAUUGCUGUCACUCCGGAUGGCAUGAUUGUUGUGGUUGAUUUCGGAAACAAUCGGAUCCUCAUCUUUUAAUAGGAAGCGUUGGCUUGGUUGUUCUUGCCGUGGCCGUGGUUUUUUG